AUGAUUUUUGAGCUUCCUUUGAGCUUAAAUAAAGCUUCCAGUGAGCUCUUAAAAGCGGACAUAGGAGCUCCCAGAAAGCUCCAUCUGAUACAAAGACAGGAAGCUCUAGAACAAUCAGAGCAACAAUGUCUCCAACAACUCUUUCAAAGGCUGGAAGCCUUAAAAAUAAACAUAAGGAGAGCCAGAAAAGAUGACAGACGCUGCGGAAGCCGGUGCACCGGCAAAAAUGGCUGCCUGAUACAAAGAGGGCUGAUACAAACAGGAAGCUCUAGAAAACCGGUGGCGUUCCUCAGCAAAAAGCUGAUCGCCGCGCAGCAGAAGUACAGCCCAUACGACCGAGAGCUCCUGGCGAUCUAUGCAGCAAUCAAGCAUUUCCGGCACUGGUUGGAAGGAAAGGAAUUCACCAGGUACACGGAUCAUAAACCGCUCGUGUACGCAUUCCGCAAGGAUCCUUUGCAGAGCUCACCGCGGCAGACACGGCACCUGGAAUUGAUCGGGCAAUUUUCAACCGACAUCAGGCACGUAGCGGGAAAGGAUAACAUCGUAGCAGACACUAUCAAGGACGCAGGCUGUCCAGCAAGCCACGACUCCUCGCUAAACAAGACUCUACUCCCAGAGUAUCUAGACUAUUACGCUACGGCGUUAUUAUGGUUUAGAUUUAUAAGUCUUAAGGUAAAGCUUAAACAACCUAUAACACCUGAAGAGCGAGAAACACUGCUGCAACUGGAUCAAUUAACCUUUGCAGUACCCGAACCUCUUUUAUUACAACUAAAAGUAUUCGGCACUACCCAGACGAUGACUCGCGAGCAUUUAUACCCUGAGUUUCCACCAUUACCAACUGGAUUAUCCGCGACGUUUGGAGGGUACUACGGACCUUUAACCGUGGCAAACCACAACCUAUAUGAGAAGAUAUCAUGUUUAGGUGUCCUCAGUGAGGCAGUUAGACACUCUAUCAGCAAUGAGGCUCCAGGACCUUAUCCUUCCUCUUUGUCAACUGAUACCCUCACAGCAACCUCAAACCUAUUAGACAAAAACUUUAGGUUCCAGCAUAUUCAUAUGGACAUCGUCGGAUCAUUACCUCCAUCUCGAAGGAAGAAGUACUGCCUCACGAUUAUCGACAGAUUCACACGAUGGCCAGAGGCAUACCCGAUGUCCGAUAUCACCGCGGAAACGAUGGCUCGCCUGUUGUUCGAAAAUUGGAUCGCGCGUUUCGGAGCGCCGGCACGAAUCACCACGGACCAAGAGCGGCAGUUUGAGUCAGAACUGUUUAAGCAGUUGGCCAGACUGACCGGAUCGCAGCACAUCCGAACCACCGCUUAUCACCCGGUAGCCAAUGGCAUGGUAGAAAGACUGCACCGGCAACUCAAAGCAGCUAUCAAAAGCCACAAAACCGAAGCAUAG